AUGAGCAAAAUCACUAUUAAGGCUCAAAGCCUACAGAAGAUAAAACCUGAUUCUAUACCAAAAACAGUUGAUGAGCUCAUUAAAGAUAUCGGAACAGCAAAUCUUUCUGAAGAUGAAAUCGAAAUUCUUUGUUCAGCUGCGUUACCUUUAAUAGAAGCACCUCUUCCAGCAACUGGAAGAGCAGGAUUUAAACUUUGCAAUGUUUUAUUCGAAAUAGGAACCCCAAAUUCAUUUAAAGAACAGCUUUUAAAUAAAUUGAAAGUUCCUUUAUCAAUAAAAGGACCUACAUCAGAAUUAGCAAUAGAAUUAUCCCAGAAAUUAAUACAUGAAAUUACUCCAGUAACAUUUUUUGACAAAUAUAUCAAACAAAUUCCGAAAUCCAAAACACCAAUUCUCAAACAUUCUGUUUUGAAGAUCUUCUUAUACGCUAUAAAUACAUUUCCAGAGUUUAAAACGAAGCAAUUCCUUGAAGUAAUUUUGAAUUGCACUACAGAUAAUAAUCCUGAUGUCAGGAAGACAGCAUUAGAAAUUAUCGGCAUAGUAUACAACAGAAAUCCUAAUUCAAUGACAAAAUUCAUCAAAACUCAUUUUCCGAAUAAUUUUACAGAAAUUAUUGCAAAAUUAGCAGGAAAAACACCUCAGAAAACAGAAACUUUUGCAGACUUAUCUACUGUAGUCGAUUUAACACCAGAAGAAAUCGAAAAGCAAACAAUACAAGAAUUUCGUAAUCCUUUACCAAAUAUACAGCCAGACAAGCGUCCAUGUCCUUUUGAAAUCAUCAAUAAUCAACUUUCUCGCGAUGUUGACUGGUCAAUCAGAAUGGAAAAUCUUACAAAAUUGGUAUCUCAUGCUAGAGGGUUUGCAGACAAAAGACAAUACGCGAGUGACUUUCGUAAGGCUGAUAAUUUCAUAAACUGCGUUCUCGAUGCAAGAUCUACUCUAGCAAAACAUGCAUUUUUAUGUUUAGCUGCAAUUGCUAGAGCAAUUGGUCCUCCUUUCGAUAUAAACACUGCUAAUCUUGUUACAGGUAUCUUUAGCCGUACGAAUCACUCAGCAUUAAUUAUUUCUUUGUCAGCAGAACUUUGCAUUUUGAAAUAUGUUGAAUUUGUAUGGGGAAAGAACAUAAAAUCCGUGAUACUUAAUUGCUGUAAUGUAGAAUCAGCCCACAGCAGACUCACUGCCGCGAAGGCAAUGAUCAUUGCCGCUGAAAAAUGGCCUCAAGAUCUUACUAAAGAUUUUCCAUUGAAUUUACGAAAAAUGACAAAAGAUAAAAGUGACCUUGUUCGAGAUUUUAUUAGCAAACAACUGACAGAGACAGGAGAAAUCAUAUAUUUGAACUAUUGCCAAUCAAAUGAAGAAGAAAUCAAAGUUUCAACAAAUGUUGAAAUUAAAGAGCACACAGAGACAAACAAGCUGUCCUCAUAUAUCCAACACAAAGAUAUAGAGAAUAUUGUCACAUUGUUGGAGACAGAAGAUAUAGAUGUUUCAGAUUUAAUUCAGAAUUUAUCUGAUUUUGUCAUUGUUGAGAUGAAUGAAGCCCAAGACGAAGAAAUAUCCAUCAGAUACAUGACAGUUCUCAUCAAUAAGUAUGCUGCUCUUUUCAAACCAAAGAUACAAGAAUUCAUCAAUGAAUUACCAGAUGACCAAAAUAGAGGACUGAAAUAUAUCGAUAUUUUAUCGUCAAAAUAUGGAAAACUAGAGAUAAUGAAAUAUUUGAUGAACUCUACUUUGAUAUACUCCCAUAGAUAUUGCGCAGAAGUUGCUCUUUCUCUUCCUUUGGAUCCUGAAUUAUCUUCCAAAGUCGUGAAGAAUAUAAUUAUUUGCGGUUUUUCAAAAUCUUUGGAAAGUGAACUUAAAAGACUUAUGAAAAACAUUUAUUCAUGUUCUAAAAUAGCUGCAGAAGCUUUAAUAGGAUCAAUUCCGGUAAAUACAAGACAAGAUUUCUUGGAUACAAUAUGUAAUGAUAUUCCUUUCCUUAAGAAUACUUUUGUUGAACAGAAAACAUCAGAUUUGGUUCUAAAACUCAAACUGAUGAUCGGAGUCAAUGAUAUUGAUCAGAUUAUUCUGCAAAAAGCAUUAGAGCAGAAUGAUUCAAUAGAAGAAAAACUUCUUGCCAUAGCAGUAAUAAGAAGUCAUCCAACAUUUUUGGAUUUCUUUGUUCCGUUUUUGUUAAAUUGCAUAAACGACAACGAAAAUCCAGUUGUUUGCGGUGCAGCUUCGAAUGCCUUCCACAAGAGAUGUGAUGGAAAUGAUGGCGUUUGUAUUUAUUUUGCAAAAGAGCUUAAACAAGAUAAAAACCAAUUAAAUGCGUUUGCAAAAUCAAUAGUUUGCGCAAAACAAGAAGAAGCAAACGAAUCUAUACAUAUUGCAUGCGAAGUCAUUAAGAAUUCACUCAGUAUGUUUAAAUUCUCUGCUUUGACAUGUAUUGCUGCUUCAAUUGCAAAACUUGGUGAAGAUUCUGCCAAAAUUUUUGGUGAAUUCGAAGAAAAUGACAUAAAACUGAUUCAGUCACUUCUUUCAACUGUUUCUAAGAAUAGUAUUGUUUGA